AUCUGGCUGCAGCAUCUUUAAGUCAGGCAGCACACUAAUUUUGACUGUCAUUUUAACAUGUGAACCAAAAUUACUGAAGAUGAAUUAAGUAUUUAUCCAACUUACUGAACAAACGUCAGUACUAAACUGCAUUUAAUCAUUAAUAGUUCGUGCAUGUUAUCAAAUUCAACAACUUAUACUUACUCUUGGUGGAGCGCUAACGUUAGCUCCUGCUGCCUUGACGUUCGCCAUCUUCUCAUACAUUUCGCGCCAGUGUAACGGACUGUGGCCCAAUUGUGAUUGGCCGAAAUUGUUAUUGACGUCUGAUUGGCUACGACUUAUUUAAAAAAUAAAAUAAAAACUUUUGAUUUGAGGAUAAAGCCCGCUCAGAGUGUCACAAACUAUUCAAUGGUGAUGUGUGUCAGUUUUUUUUAAAAGCAUAAAAUAUAUUUGAGAAUCGUAAUCAACCAGAUAUGCAAUGAUGGCGCACAAAAGAAGAUAUAAAGAACAUGUACUUGAUGAUUUGAGACAACCAUCAAAGGCCACGAAAUAUCGACGGAUAACAGAAUCUGAGAAUUAUUUUAAGUGCCGAGACCGAGGGAGUUACAAGAAGUAUCUCAAUUGCCCAUCCUCCCACAAAGAAAAGAGACGAGUCUCAACCGAGUUGUCCCAGAAUGCUCCUCAUGAAGGACCUCUGACAGAAAGUGCAAGCAGUCAGACAGCAGGACUACAGCAUGAGCAGGACACACAAAACAACAAAUCCUCAGAGCCUGACAGUGAGGCAGCCUGGAGACAGUCCCACUUAGUCCAAGUGAUGGAAUUACCCUCCACGUCAGACCAAGACAGACCUUGGACUCACAUAAGUGGGGACCAACCUGAUAUAAAAAUGCUAACAGAAUUACAGGACAUAUCCUGGACACAGCCAGAAGAGAACAAGUCUGUUCCAACUGCUGAUCAGCAUGAGCCAAACAAAAAGGUAUGGCAGGACAUAUCCUGGACACAACCAGAAGAGAACAUGUCUUUUCCAACUCCUGACCAGCAAGAGCCAAACGAAAAGGUUAGUAGCUUCUAUUUUUGUAUGUUUUCUAUACAGCAUGUUUCUUUUGCUAUAGGUUACUUUUUACAAUAAUUACUAUUAUGAUUAUGUCCUCAGGCAGGCCCAUUAACAGAUGGCGAUGAUCCUGUGUAUCCCGGCGCACCUCUGACAAAAGGACAAAGUUUACUGUUGCUUAUGUCCUUUAUACUAAGGCACAAUCUUACAGC